UUGUGAAUGUGAGCGGUGCCCCUCUGUCUUCGAGCGCAUCUUCACGCAGCAGUCCGGAACCCGAAGAGACGAGUGUGUCCGUCGAUAAUGUUGUUGGAACACCAAGAAUAUUGCACGAGGAGAAGAAGCUAGUAGCACAUCAAACUCCGCGACCGCCUCCUCCUCCUCCGCCACCUCCUCCUCCGCCACCUCCCGCACCACCUUCUACUGCGAGUGCGGCCGUGGUUGUGCCCUCUUUUCUUUCCACAAUGCGUUCCGGCGGACCGAGCGCGAGUGCAGGAGACGACUCCCUUUCUGCAUCUGAACUGCGAAAAUUGCAGAACAAAGCACCAACCUCCUCGUUAUUAAAGGCAUCAACGCUGAGCGACAGCCUCUCAACUCUUACUGGUGGCUACAGUGGUCUCGGUUCCUCUGCGUCAUCGAGCAGUGUUGCAAGUGCAAUCUCGACUAUGUCCUCUGCUCUGCCCGCGGAAGUAGACGGCCUCUCAGCUUCGGAGCUACGCAAAAGGCAGUUUGGAACACCGACCCUGAAUGGCGUGAGCAGCUUCUCUAGCUUUUCGUACACCCCACCGUCAAGAGCGUCGGGUAAGGGUGGCAAGAAUACCGUAGCUGGUUUUCAUGGAAGGGUCCUGAACGCGGGGCAAGCGACUGGUUCGACAAUGUUGAAUUUGCCACCAAGUAUAGGCCACUUGAAUACUAGUAACAGGAACACGAUGUUCAGUAAUGCAGCAGCGUCUGGUGCGCCCUCACCAGGCUCUAGCAUGCCAUCAACGGAAUCAGGGACUCUCUCCUUCUUAAGAAGCGCGGUUGCUAGCUGUGUAGAAAGGACUCCGGGAGUGGGUGGCGUGUUAAGCUGUGUGCAGCGAACGCCCUCGAAACACGACAGUAAAGCAGCUUUUGCCGCGACGCGUGAAAUUUUUGAAAGGCGCGCACAGAACUACAACAACAGCCAAGGCCUCAUCGCUGGAACUGCUGUGGCAUCGGGCGGCGGCGCUUACAAUUCCUCGCUCGCAACCGACCACUUGAAAGACCGCGAUGGCAAGUUUCGCGAAGUUUUGACCUUGUUCAGCGAGGCGCGCUACUAUCAAGUAAUGCACUUCGAGCGGGAAACGGUGUUUCACUUUGCCGAACAAGUUUUACUGGAAGGAAACGUGUGCCUUACCUGCUACAUUGACAACGCACCAUGCUGGAACUACUACUUGCACACGAACUUCGCUGCUGCCCAUGGCGAACUCGAAACUGCAAACGCCAACUCUGCCAAGCGUGAUGGAAGUAAGUCAACGAUCGUUUUAGGAACGAAGACAGCAAUUAUGGACGAAGCCGACCUUUACGCUCCCUUAGCAGCAUCUUCCGGUCCAGUGUCUUCCAGCACACAGCAGUCUCCGUCAACUGAAGACUCGUCAAGAAGAAAAGGCACUUCGAAGACUCAUGCGGUGGGUCAGAAUCUCCAAACAAACGACGAUGACACCAGCACAGACAAAAAGAGCAUGCUUCUCAACAUCAAGUUUCGUGGAGAUGACGUAGACUUGGAGCGCGGCUUUCCUCCCGAGUCGCUCCCUGACAGUUUUCGAGCAAUGUGCGUUAUCGCUCCAGUUGAUCUUGCCGAUGCCGUCGACCUAGCGAUGGAACAACAGUCUCGCGAAAAACGAGCUCUGGGCAGACAACAAGAAGCUGCAGAUUGCAGUAGUCACAAUAGCAAGACGAGAACUGCUUCUUCAAAAACCACUAGUAGGUCAUCAUCGAAAUCAUCAUGCGAGCCUUUUGCGGUAGUUGAGAACGGCAUCAUGCAAAUGAAAGCC